GGCGUCCAACGUGCGAAUCGGGUGCAAGGCAUCCAUGUUGGUUUUGUUGUUGUAGAAAAUCGAUGAAAAAUUUGCUAGAAAUACCAAAAUAAAUAUGAAUGUCGAACAAGAAGUAGCGAAGUUAGCUAAACAGCUGGAUAAAAUAGUCUCUGAAGAGAAUUCUGUGAGUAUUAUGGCAAAAUAUUUUAUUAAUUUUGUCGAAUGAAUAAAUUGCCGCCAUGUUUGUUGACAUGCAUAUAUAUUUAUAUACACUAUAUGUGAAUGACAUGGUAUGAUCUACAGGUUUCUGAUAUGCGAUCGUAAAAAAUUAUUAAAUUUUUGGUAGUGAAUGAGUGUUUAUAGAACAUUGUACGUAUUUUAUGGCAUAUUAUAAGCGUAUUUUUGUAGCAUUUAUACAAACAGCACCAAAUGCAAUCUCUGGUACCCAUCAGAAGAUAUGGUUACCAGAGCAUACCAUAAUUUUAUCAUGUGUGGAAGUUUUGAUUGCAAAAUCUCAUCCCUGCCAGAUAAGACUACACAAUCUGUGCAUGCUAGGAAAAGGACAGGUCUGUGUUCAAUGGGAACCGUCAUUUAUUUAUUUAUUAAACUUUGCCAAACAAGUGGCAGGGUCACUGCAACAGUAUACAUGAAUCACUGUGGGCACUUUAAAAAUUGCUAAAUUUUAAGAAUACAACUAAUAUUUAUUUAUUUUUUAUUAAUGUUUAUUCUGCUAUUCAUUAGCAUGAAUAGCAGAAUAAACAUCAUUAUACAAUCAUAUUUUAGAGUCAAGAGGUUGCUGUUGAUCUGUUAAAAACAUUGAAAGAUCUCCCUAUAACGCUGGAUGUUUUACAGGUCAGAUUAUAUGGCAAUACACCCUUCCGGAAAGUACGCCACUUUGGUUAUGGAGCCUCGUUUUCGUGUACUUCGCAUUAAUGCAAUCAUGAAAACAUGGCUCUAUAGAUUAACAUAUUUUCCGGAGGGGUGUAUUGAAUUAAAAGUUGCAUUUUCUGAUUCAGAAUUUGCCAAAUUGUAAGUUUCAGACAGUGGUAAUGUCCUACAGUAAUUUUAUUCUAUUUCUAAUAAAUCCAUUUCAACUAUGAUGGAAAGUUAAUAUUUGAUGAUGUUUUACAUGCAGAAAACGAGAAUUGGAAUGGCUGUGAACGUCUUACGAAAGUCAAGCACAAAUCCUGAAGUACAGACUAUAUCUAAAGGCUUAAUAAAAAGUUGGAAAAAAUUGUUAACAGGUACUGAACUGAUUGAAAGCUUUGAAAGAAAGGGUAGAAUGAAAGUGACAGCCAAUUGACUCCAACAAGUCUGAUAUCAUCUGCACGUAACAAGUUAUUAACAAGUUGAUGACAACAAGCUUGUAGCAACUUGUUACGAACAGCCUGUAUAUUAGUCUUGUUGGAACAACUUGUAGCAAGUCUGUUACCGUCAUCAACCUUGUAACAAGGUGAUAACAACUUGUUCCAGAUUUGUCACAACAACUGGGAACAAGCAGUGCAAACACAUCCUGAUAUCGGCUUGACAACAAACUUGUCCCUGUUACAAGGGGUCCCCCCCCAAUAUUUCAUGAAGUGUCCCCCACUGAACUUGAAGAAUGGAGUAUGAAUCGUGGUUGAAAUAUUUCUCUCUGUCUCAGAUAAAGAAAGUUCCAAGGAAGGCAGUAGCAGUAAAGGAGAGAGCGAGUCGACAGACAAAACGUCAACUAAAUCUAAAACGACAGAGGUUGUUAAAGAGGAGAAAGUUGAGACGAAAUUUGUGCCUCCGACAAAUAACGAUGUCAGGCAGAAAUGUCGAGAAAUGAUCAAGAAUGCUUUAAAAGUUGCUGAAGACGAGGGCUCUCAAGGUAUGAAAUAGUUUGUGCAGUUUUAACAUAUUGAUUUAUACACAACAACAAGAUCCCUGCUCAGGCAUUCACCCAAAUUGGAACUAAGCAAGAUUUAGCUUACCGGCACAUCAAAUGUAUAAUGGCAAGGUCAUGUAAAGAAAAUAUAUCAAUAAGAAAGAGACUGUCCAUUUUAAACCUUUGCCCCAACAGGUUGCCAAAGUGAUAACCAGUUAUUUAAUCAGACGUUAAUGUGUCGUUCCAUGAAGUUUGGGACAAGUUUGCAAAAUAAUUACGAAUGACAAUGUUUUUUUUUGCUAUUUUUAGAUGUGGAAAGAAUUUCAGCUGCUAUCGAGCAUUGUAUCCUUUUAAAAAAUAUCGAAACUUACAAUAUCACAAAUACGUAUUGUCAAAUGAAUCCUCAAAGUGUAUGACAUGUCGUCUUUACCAGCCCUUCGUAUUGUUUAGGUAAGCAUGAUGUACCCACGUAAAAAUCUCACAACUUGUCAACAAGAUGUGUUCGCAGCAGGCUUGUAGCAAGCUUGUCAAUAAGUUGUAACAAUGCUGUCAUUUCAUCAAGUUGCUACAAGGUUGUCACUCACAACUUGUUGACAAAUUGUUGAAUUGCAGGACGAUAACAAGUUGUUGGAACAACUUGUAACAAGUCUGUUGAGCUCAACAACCUUGUAGCAAGUUCUCAACAAACCGUUGACAAUUGUGCAUUUUUACAUGUGCAGAAUGCCAAGAUUGAAAUCUUGAAUUUACUUGAUGAUUCCUUAACGCAGUUAUGCAGGUGUAUUUGAAGAAUUUAAGGACACGAACAGCAAGUACAAAUCGAGAAUUCGCAGCAGAGUCUCGAAUCUUCGUGACGCAAAAAAUACAAAGUUAAGAGAAGCUGUACUGAUUGGUGAAAUCACGCCAGAACAAAUGGCGAAAAUGACGGCCGAGGUAAACAAUUUUAAUUCACCAGUGUUAAACAUCGAGACAUGAGCAUGCUACAGAUUUCUUUACCACAAUGUUUUCUUUCAAAAGGAAAUGGCAAAUGAUGAUAUCAAGACGCUACGAAAGAAAUUUACAAAAGAAGCGAUCAACGACGCUCAGAUGGCGGUCACAGCUGGUACACCAACAGAUCUUUUUAAAUGUGGCAAAUGUCAGAAGAGACAUUGUACAUACACACAGGUAAAGACGUCCACCAUUUUAUGUCGAGUUGCGAACGUCAGUUAUCGUUUGACGGUUUGAGAAAUAGUUUUGGCGUUUGAUUAUAUAAGGAAAAUCGUCAAGGUCUUUUGAAAGGCAAGUGGGGCGUGGCUAGUGGGUAACUGUUUUUACCACUUCUUUCAUAAAGGCAAGUUGAAAAUUGAUUGCAGGAAUAAAAUUAACUUGCCAUUUUGCCCUCAUAUUUUAACAAAAUUUGAAGCAAAUGAUCCCAGAAGUCCAACAGGAUUUCCAGAGGUUUCUAGCCCGUUAUACUAUUUUAUUAAACAUUCAACUUGUAGAUAUAUUUUUUGUGGGUAAAUAAAAAUUAAACUAAUAAAAAACCCGUUCUAAUCAUUGACAUUGGCAUAAAAAAAUCAUAGUCUGUCCUCGUGUUUUAAAAGAUGCUCAAUGAAGUGUUGUAUUUACAAAUUUCCCCCAGGUACAAACGCGAAGUGCAGACGAACCGAUGACGACAUUCGUUUACUGCCAAGAAUGUGGAAACAGAUGGAAGGUUUGCUUAAAAUCAUUGUCUAAUGCGUUUUAAAUGUGGUUUACAAUCAAUCUUAGUGCUUUGCGAGACGUUCACCUAUUCAUGGUUAUGUUUCUAUUUAUUUUUAGUUCUGCUGAUGACGUCAUCAUUGUCCCCGGAUCAAGACUCAACGACACAAAAGAAAUUUUUAGAGUUUAGCGAACAGACUUUAUUAUGAAACAGACUAUAUAAGAAUUUCUUGAAACUUUUGGAAAGUUUUAGUGAUGUACAAAGUUUCUAUAUACUUAAAGGUUUAGUUAUGUUCGGUAUAGUAUAUAAGCGAUAAACAGUGUAUAAAGGCCUGAUUCCACGGGCGCUUUUUCUCGGCGAAAUGCGAAAUAUUUCGCCUGUUUCUUUUGAAUUGUGGGCAAUCAAGUAGAAAUAAUUUAUUCGAGUGGUCGCAAUUCAAAAGAAACAGGCGAAAUAUUUCGCAUUUCGCCGAGAAAAAGCGCCCGUGGAAUCAGGCCUUUAGAGAUGUGAUUUUCUCUGCGUAUAUUUUUUCAAACAUUCAAGAUGAUCUAAAAUCAGCGCGCAUUGUGUGGGCGUAGCUGAAGGUGUGUUUGCAUUUCAAACUUAAAGAACUACAAAAUUUUGUGAAGAUUACAAUAGUUCACAAAAUUAUACUCCGUAUAUUAAAAUCAAAUGAAAAGAAGCAAAAAGUCACUUUUUGCAAAUCAAUGCGCAGUUUUAACUCGAAUGUUGACUAAUUGAAAACCACGAAAAAAGAACAGCAGACGUUUUUGAAACAGCAUUUGUCUCGCAAUUUAAAACAGUGUUAAAACCAGCUCUCCCUGGCUGUGAAGGUAUACAGAGCACGACCCCUCGGAAAAUGUAAAACUAUCUUGCGUUUAAAAUAAAAUCAGUUACCAUAUCUUCUCUGCCGCCAGUGGAAAGUUGACGCAAUAUCCACGAGUGGAAAUUGAUCAUAGCCUUGAAAGAGUGAUUGUUGAAAUGUCAGUAUACUACAGUGUCGUCGCUAUGAUUCCUGUAGCUGACGUAGUAACGCUAUUCUUCUAUUCUGUAGCUCACUUUCACUCUCGCUAGAUGAAGUAUUCCACUCGGUCUAGAAAAAAGAACAAUCUUUGAGCCUCUAAUAGUCAAACAAUUAUUUGUCGUCUCUUAAA